UUGGUUCAAGUAUUUGAUGAAAUGUCCAACAAUCUAUGUAAAGUUGCUGAUCUUGCUGAGUUCGUUCGUAUUGGUCAUCCUGAUUCAGCAUUUCGUCUUGACGCAGCAAAUGCUUCCAUGAACAUAAGUGUAGAGGUUGAAAAGUUAAAUGUUAACCGGGAUCUUUACAAUUGUCUGAAAAAGGUUGUAAUUGAAGGAGAUAAAUUACCGACUACCGAAGUUGAUAAAGAAGUGGCUCGAUUAUUUCUCCAUGAUUUUGAACAAUCAGGUGUCCAUCUUGAUGAUGAACAACGGAACAAAGCGGUUAAACUGAAUAAUUUUAUCCUUCAUGUUGGUGGAUAUUUUGUCUCUCGUGUGGCCGAACCAAGUUUAGUUAAAAAGGAAGAGGUUCCAAUCAAUUAUCGGGACAAAUUUCCAGUCGAUGGUUACAAUUUAGCGAUUCGUGGUCUUUAUACCAACACACCUGAUGAACAAUUGCGAGAAAUAGCAUUUAAAUUAUUCUAUAAAACUAAUGAUCAUCGAGAGAAACUUUUAAAACAAUUGUUACUUGGACGUUUUUCUUUAGCUAAAUUGUGUGGAUUUGAUUCAUACAGUGAACGUGCUAAUCAAGUGGGAAUAUUUGGUUCGGUUAAUCAAGUUAACACUUUUCUUGAAAAUUUAUCCAGUUUAUUGGAGCCAUUAGCAAGUAAUGAUUACAAUUUAAUGUUGUCAAUUAAGAGGAAACUUGAUCCAACUGCAAGAAAAGUUAAUCCUUGGGACUCGCAAUAUUUAAUUGAAAACUUUAAAUCAUCUAAAUUAAAUCAAUCUCUCCAGGAAUCAACUUCAUAUUUUUCACUUGGUCAUUGUAUGGAUGGAUUGAAUUUAAUAUUUAAUUCACUUUUCAACAUUAAUCUUGAAUACUCUGAACCGUUAAUAGGUGAAUUAUGGUCAGCUGAUGUGAUUAAAUUAAUUGCCUACAAUAAGAACCGUCAAGAAUUGGGUACAAUUUAUUGUGAUUUCUUUGAACGUGAAGCUAAACCACAUCAAGAUUGUCACUUCACAAUUAAAGGAGGUUGUCAACUGCCCGAUGGUAAUUAUCAGAAUCCAGUGGUCGUUCUUGUCCUAAGUUUACCAAAAUCUAAUUUACCUUCAACACCGACCCUUUUAUCACCUCAUAUGGUUGACAAUUUAUUCCAUGAGAUGGGACACGCUGUACAUUCAAUUCUCGCUCGAACACCAUAUCAACAUACAACGGGAACUCGAUGUUCAACCGAUUUAGCGGAAGUUCCCUCGAUUCUGAUGGAAUAUUUUAUCCAAGAUGAUCGAGUUGUAUCUACCUUUGCCAAACACUAUUCGACGGAAAGUCCAAUUCCCAAAUCUCUUCUGUCCACUUGGAUUUCGUCGAAAAAGUUAUUCAAUGCUUCCGAAACACAAUUACAACUUUUCUACGCUGCUCUCGAUCAAGCCUACCACGGAACCAAACCAUUGAUAGACAAUAAUUCAACUAGUUCAACAUCAUCGCAAAUUUGUCAACAAUAUUAUCCAUUUGGCUACUCACCUGAAGUUGCCUGGCAAUUAAGAUUUGGUCAUCUAGUCGGUUAUGGAGCCAAAUAUUAUUCUUAUCUUAUCUCAAGAUCAGUCGCUCGGCUCAUUUGGUGUAAAUACUUUUCAGCUGAUCCUUUCUCGCCCGAAGCUGGUUCCAUUUAUCAGAAUAAAGUAUUAUCUCAUGGUGGAGGUAAACCUGCUGCUGAUAUUGUUGAAGAUAUUUGUGAACAUCCAAUUGAUCCAAAUUAUUUAGCCAAAUCAUUGAUAGACGAUAUUAUUGAUUGUAAUCAACGUUGUAAACAAUUUUUAUAAUUUAACAACUUUCAAACUUAAUUAUAGUAGUAGUGACAAUGUUUAUGACCAAUAAGCAAAACAAUUAUUCCUAUUAAAUUAAUUAAAUUAAUAAUAACAUGAUUAUAACAUUGUGAUCGAAUAAAAAUGUAAAUUGUUGUAAACUUGAAUUUCUAUCAACUAUUAAUUUAAUUUAAUUGUUGAAAGAAUUAAAAAUUAAAAAUGGUAAUUCGUUUAUCUACUA